CGUGCUUGUCGAUGCCCCGGCAAAUGAAUUUGAAUUGAAGCAUGUCCGGGGCCGGGGGUCGUGCCGCCGUCACUCUUGGACUUCGUCUACUCUUAUUAAUGUAUAUGGAAAGCUUCGAAUAAACAGCCCGUUCCCACAGUCAAGUUUUUUUGAGGUCCUCUGUUUCGUACGCACACGCUCUUUCUUUGAUCUCACGUUCACUGUCGCUCUCUCUAUCCGUAACAACUGUCAGCGAUCAGGCCCAACUGAAGGCGUCCCGAGCGCGGACAUGCAAGUCCCAAACCUGACGUCUGGGAUGAGCUGCCAUGACCGACUGAAGGCUACUCAGCGAGGUCUCUGCGGCCUUGGGAUGACGGACGAACCGAUCCUGGACCACCCACCAGAGUGUUGUCGCGGGGUACUUGCGGCGGCCUGGCCAGUAUAGCUGCGACAGCUCUCCUGGCAUCAAGUUCAAAAGAUCCACUGCUCCCAACGCCCCGCCACGCGUCCAGACGGCGCCACGGGGCCGCUCACGUUAGAUUGGUCCGUCCCACCACCACCAACCAUGAUGGAGCCAUCACUACAGCGCAAGCACCCUUGUUCAAGCUCGCAACCCGCGCCUCGACCCAUGCCAUUGUACCGCGACGACGCAUCAGUUCAACGGUCCCUCCCAUUGUCUCUUUUGCCGCCGGCCCUCUUCCCUCUCUUCCUCCGUCGUCUCUCCAUUGCGCAAUAAUUCAUAGCAUUUCCCCCCCGACGAUCAAGGAAUAGCUACCAACGACCACCACCCACGAGCAUCAUGGCGACCUCGAGCCGCGCACCACGGCCACCACAGCACCAGCUGCUGCUCCUCCAGCUGCUACUCUUUCUCCUCGCGUCCACGACCGUUUAUGCCAACGUCGAAAAGAUCAUCUUCGACGCCCCCACGCCCGCCAAUACCCCCCUCGCCAAGCCCUCGCUCGCCGACCUCAACCUCCACGCCCUCACCCCCGACACGCUCACCCUGCGCACGACCCUCGACCGCGUCUUCCCCGUCGACAAGGGCAACUCGUCCCAGGGACGCUCGUCGUGGGUACUGCUCGACAACCUGGUCGAGGGCCAGCGCUACGAGUUCCAUGUCUCCUGGGCCGCCAAUGAACCUACCCUCUUCGCGUUGGACUCGCAUGAGCUCGACACCGUCUGGGACACGCCCGAGCUUAUCCAGUCCCUGGCAGAGUAUGCCGCCUCCCGCCAGCCUGGCAACAAGUCGGACGCGCAGGAGCCCGCGCCGCAUAAAGCUUCAUCCAACAAGUCGGGGGCGCGGAAGGCGUCUGUGCUACUUGUCCACAUUCGCGCCGCGGCAGAUUACUUUGUCGACGAUGUCGAGCUCAUGAAGAACCCUCCACCCGUCUUGGUAGAUCUUGUGCUUGACCCUUUCGUGUUUAACUUGGCCAAUCAGUCGCUUAUGCCCACCGUGGGUUACCUCAUCGUCGUCGGCGUCGUCACCUGGUUCGCAUCAAGAUGGAUCGCAUCCCGUCUUCAGUCUGUUGCCGGCUCCUCGGAAGACCAGACAUUAAAGCAGACUAAGAAAAACUAACGGUUAAGCUCAUUGCUGCCAAACUUUCCACUCUCCUCAGUCUUUCACCCCGCCACUCUUUGAUGGACGACCACAUGCGAUAUAUACACG